UUAAUCAAUUAAAGAUCAAGAAAAACCUACAACACUGUGGUCCUUGUGUUGUGUCUAUGUCAUCAGACAGCUACCAUUUCUUAUAAUAUGCUUCUCGUACAUGUCUAAUUUGUGUUGUGCCUCUCCCUGCAUUUUCCUUCCAAACUUUCAAUGACUGGAUCUCAUUUUUGACAUGAUUUUCCCGGAAUCCAUGGAGCAUAUUUGUUGCAGGAAUGUUACUGCCAGAAUCACAGGUCACAGGCAUUGGAAGAAGCUUGAUUUGAGCUCUGGAAGAUAGAAUUCAAAGCAUCUGAAGAUACAAGAGAACGACCCAAAGAGGAGCUGAGCUGAUCCUACAGCAUCAGCAAAUCAAUGUACUCCAUAGCAGAAGGGCUAAAGCAGUUCAACAUCCACCUUGCAAAAUCCAACUCCAUUAAUCUAACCAUAUCUACAAGCAAAAAUUUGGCCACUACUAAUUCAGAUGGUAUGACAGAAUGGUGCACUGCAUUUGCUUUUUUGGCUCGUUUAUCAGCAUACAUUGCAAUUUUAGCUUUGGUGAUACUUAUGGUUUUCCUGAUUAUGAAAUAUCUGAUGGAAAAUGGAGAUGAGAGCACCUCAGAUGGAGGAUCAGCUACAGAGAUUAACCCUUUACCACUAGGAAAGGCAAUGGCAUGUACCUAUGGAACAUGCCAUAUAGAUAUAGAAUCAGGAUGUUGCAAUAUUAAUAGUAGUGAUAGUGAUAGUAGUAGCAGCAGCAAUAAAAUAUCAGCGGAAUUAUACGAUGGAAAAAUAUGUGUAAUCUGCUACGAUGAAGAACGUAAUUGUUUCUUCGUUCCUUGUGGUCAUUGUGCUACUUGCUAUAUUUGUGCUCGAAGGAUUUUGCAUGAGGAAAACAAGGUCUGCCCAGUAUGCCGGAGAUUCAUUGGCAAAGUGAGAAAAUUAUUUGCCUAAUAGGAUUUAAUCAUUUGGCUUUUGUCUUUUUCUUUUUCACUUUUUCCAUUUGUGUUAUAAACAAAAAUUUAUAUUGUUUUGCUA